AUGGCGGGUUUUCCUGUUGGAAUAAAUUGGGAUUUCAAUCUCCGCGAGUUCGCCACGAGGAGCCGCAGCGACUUCCCGGCAAGAGGGCCGCGCCUGUGGAAUUCGUGGGUCUUCCUGGAUGCCCAUUUGUGCCCCAGCACGGGUUUUCCCCGCGCCUCCGACUGCGCACGAGGAGGCAGCCUCUCUUCUUCGCAUCCCCCCUCAUCCCCGGGCUCUUCCUUCAUAAACUCGUCCACCAGCCUCCUCCCCUUCUCAACUUAGUUUCUUGCUCGCUCCGCGCUCUGGCGGAGACCCUCUCGUCUUUCAAAACAAAUACAAGAGCACCGUCGACCGAGCUUCUGUUGCUGCACUUAAUCCUCCCCCCUCCCCCCUGCGUCCAAACGGCAAACAUCUCCUGCCAUUGGGUUCUUCUCGCGUGUUCACGUGUACCGACAAGUCCCAAAUCCGCCCGCGUUUCAGUUUCGGUUUCCCUUCAUCAGACAUCUUUGAGCCACCGUGUCGUAGAAAACAGGCAGUCGGAAGUCAGAAAGGUGAGUCUAAUAGCAUAUUUAAUAGGUUUUGGAGGAGAAUUGCAUGGCAAUCCGAGAGUUGGGAGAUGAGGGGAACCUGCCACAAAACGCUGCCGGACAGAGCCCAUGGUUUGUUCUUUUGCAUUGCUCCAGCCAGCUAUGCCUCCGCCUUGAAAACCCCAUUUCCACACACGUACACACAGCUUUGUUGUUUUCCCUCCAACAAUCAAAUCGAGAUUCCGUGCUGGUUUCGCAUGCUUAGUCUGUUGCUUUUGGUCCUCCUGCAAACUUUGUGACUCCCCCAAACCUGCUGGAGCCUUACUCUUGUGUGCUGGUGGUGCAAUUUGGGUUCAUGGGAAUCCACACCCUGCACCCCGAAUUUAGCAGAUGAGGAUGACUGGGUUACAGUCAAAAAGAGCAGCCCUUUGGGUGUGUUUGCUUUCGUCUUUCCUUUGUUCCUAUCAACAGCUACCAAGGAUGGGAGGGGUGGUGUAUGUAUGAUAGAGAUAGAGAAAGAGAAAGAGAGAGAGAGAAGGUUACUAGAGAGAAUUGAAGAUAGCUUUCAUUUUCCUGCAGCAAAACUGAGAAAAAGGUUGGUGAGUUGAUCCACUUCCGGCUUCCUUAUUGGCAGGUGUGGCACCUGUGAGCUACUGUGGUUGUUUUAUUAGGAACACCUAGGCUGCAGCCUGUGGGUUCUUGGUGGAUGUGAGAGAAGAUCUGUUGCCCUCCAGGUGUCAUUGGCCUACAACUCUCACCAGUCCUAUCCAGCACGGCCAACAGUCAUGGACGAUGGGAGUUGUAGUCCAGCAACAUCUGGAGGGCAUCAGGUGCCACAUCUAUGCUAUAGGCAAGUGGAACAGGCUGGUGGGAGAGUUUAGGUUGGCAAUCAAGUUCAUUGCUACACAUGUAAUAUCAAACUGCACCUACUUAAUAAAUGCAGUAACUAUUUCCACAUUAUUUGAACAGGUUGGGGGAGUGCAUUCUGUUUAUGUGUACUGAGUUAUCGACCAAAGCUGGAGCUUUUCUCCCUAACUUUAAUUCUUAAGGCCAAAACAAUGCUCUUUGAAUUUCGUAAUUCCAAAUAUGAUAGUAUUUUGCGUGAGAUGCUGAGUUAACAACAGAAGAGGAGAAAUAUAUGGCGCUGAGGACGUGUAUAUGGCUGAGUAUACUCAGAAACGGCAUACAUGGGGGAAAACAAGGAGUUCCACAUUUCUUUGGUGGAAACAAAGUGUGGUUCCCUCGUUUAACUUCCUCAGUGCCUAUUUUACCUCUAUUUUCCUCUGUCAGAUGCUGAAGCUUCUGUUUCUUCUGAUUCCAGCACCCUGAGGCUGGGAACGUAGUUGUGCCUGCAUAGCCCCCACGGAAGCCCACCCUGUUACUCAUGCCAAGGCCUCCCACUUGCGAUGUUUCCCCCAUGAAACAUGCAGCCUGGCCCUGGUCCCUCAUGCUCCAUUAAAAACGAUAUAUCCUGCAGCAUUUUCCUGCUUGUACCACACCCAGCCCCAGCCCAGAUUAUUCCAUCCUCCUUCAGGGCUUUCGCUGUUUUCCCCACUAGGGAUAAUUCAGUUCCAACUCCUCUUUUCUUCCAUACAGAUUCCUUCACAGUCAACAAUAAGAGCCUUAAGGGCAGAUGCUUCCAACCAGCAGGGGACUCUAGUGAAUGCUUUCACUUCCUUAAGAGUACCUUCUAGAGGAAGCUUAAACAACCUAUGAAUUUUUUAAAGUGUUUUUUAUUAUUCUUAUUCUUAUUAAGUGAUUCAUUGUGUGUGUGUGUGUGUGUGUGUGUUGUAAACCUCCCUGUGUAGUAGUAAUAAUAAUAAUAAUAAUAAUAAUAAUAAUUAAUAAACUUUUAUAUGUAACCUGUAAAGAGAGCUGUUGAAAGGGAGCAGAGGGGAACAUGCCAUCAUACAAAAGCUCUUGGUCCUCUUCCACAUCCCAAUUCUGCCACUAUCACAACAAUGCCAGUGUAAAUAGUACAAAAUUACAAGUGUGCAGAGUAAGAUAAGACACCGUAAAAGAAGAAACAGUAAAUAGUACCCAUGUAGGAAACAAAACAGAACAACAAAAAAGAUACUGUGUACAUUACAAAAAAGGGGGCAGACGUGUUGUUUUAGUUAUUUUUCAAUAAAAAAAUAAAAUAAAAAUGAUGUCAGUGUAAAUGAGUGAUGAAAGUCCCCUUGCCAACUCAAAACCAGCGCUGGGCCUGGGAGCAUGUGGCAGAGUGGCUACAAAAUGCCACACGGCUGAAACCGAGCAGUAAAGACGCUACAAAUAGGGCAAAGAUAACAGAAGGUCUUGUGGCACUUUGAAAAACAUAUUAUGACAUUAAGUUUUGUGGUCUAUAAUAAACUGUGCUAGUCUUUAUGGUGCUAAGACUCCAUUGCCACAACAAACUAACACAUCUACUCUGCUGGAAACUAACAGGUGGGGCCAGCAUCAAAAUGCUACAGUAUGAAGUAUGAGCUCAUGUACAAUUAGGCCAGCCAUGCCCUCCCCCAGAGUACUCCAUUCCAUUCCCCCUCCCUGCUGAUUUUACAUUUUUUCCCCUUUAAAUGACAGUAAUUUUUCUGUGCUGACUGGACAUGAUCGUUAGUCAUAGGGCUGUUAAUGGAAUUUCUUGCUUAGUUUUUUUUUUGCCCUUUUUGUGUUGUGUGCAUAUUUCUAAAAACUUCACCACCAUUUUGCUGAUAAGUUCCUCCUGGGCAUGAGUGUUGCUGUUUUCACGACAUUAGCAUGGACACCCUCCCCUGAGUAUGAGAAAUGGAAUAUAAGAAAAGUCGGCACUGAUAUAAACCGUCCUGGCCUCUGCCUUCAUUAUUUGAGGCCCCUCUUUGUGUGCCUUUUCCAUGUGACGUCUGGAAGAUGGCAACACAAGAACGGGCCUUCUCUGUAGUGCAGGCAUAGGCAGACUCGGCCCUCCAGAUGUUUUGGGACUACAACUCCCAUCAUCCCUAGCUAACCGUUCCAGUGGUCAGGGAUGAUGGGAAUGGUAGUCCCAAAACAUCUGGAGGGUCUAGUUUGCCUAUGCCUACUGUAGUGGCUCUCUGUUUGUGGAAUGCUCUCCCCCAGAGAGCUUCACCUGGCACCUUCAUUAUAUAUUUUUAGGCGCCAGGCAAAAGCGUUCCUCUUCAACCAGGCCUUUGGCUGAUUAAUAUUCUACAGCCUUUUAAAUGUGUCUGUGGGAAGGGGGGGUAUUGUUUUGUUUUACUUAUUUACUUGUUUUUAUCCUGUAUUUUAUUCUGUGCACUGUCCUGCAAUCUUAUGAUGUAUGGCGGUAUACAAAUCCUCAUCCUCAUACCUGCCCCAUACAUGACAUCACAUAUGAUGUCAGGUGUGCAGCAGGUGGGCAUGGUUUGGGGGAAAUGGCUUCACAGGUCAAACUAGGACUCAAAUCUGGCCUGCAGAGCAGAGGUUCUGCACACCUGCUAUAGAUGUUUUGAAUUACCCAAACAAUGGCAACUGGUGCUAAUGGGACUUGUUGUCCAAAACUUGUGCAGGCACUAGUUUGGAGGUUUUCUGGGGUAUAGCUUUCUAGGUCCAUUUCCCCCCUAAAGCCUGACAUUCGGUUUGACAUGAUGGAUCAAGUAAGAAAUGAACAAAUUGUAACUGAGCUGCACAAUUAUUAUGACACUUGUUUCGAGACAUUUAGAUCCCUGUCCUAAGAUGUUGGCCUUUGACGCUACUCCCCAUGAAUUCACUCAGUAUCUUCUGCCAAUUCUUAAUUAAUUUCCUGGGGAUUAUCGCUGGUUUAGAUUGAAAGUAAAACAGGAGCUUUGGCAACACAACCGUUUUAAGUGUGUGGAUUUGCAUGAGCCACAAUAGCUUUAAUUUUGCCCCACUCUUUAAACUCUGCCUUAAUAGAUCUAAUUAGCUUAAUGCAAUUGUUUUCUAAGAGAUUGGCCCUGUUUGAAAUGAUGAGGAUUCCUCCUAGGUACUUUCAUACUGUGUUUAAACAUUUGCACUGGCAUACUUAAUAGUUUCCUGAAUCCUAAAAGAAAAAUUGGUUGGCUUAAUUCUUGAUUUUGUGUAAGUUACCUUUGAACCCAGAUGUUAUGUCAUACAGUGGUACCUCCGGUUGUGAACUUAAUCCGUUCCGGAGGUCCGUUCAUAACUGGAAACUGCUUGUAACAUGAGGCGCACUUUUGCUAAUGGUCCCUCCCCGCUGCUGCUGCGCCGCCGGAGCAUGAUUUCCGCUUGCAUCCUGGGGCAAAGUUCGCAACAAGGGGCGUCUACGUCCGGUUUAGCGGAGCAUGUAACCCGAAGGAUUUGUAAGGGGGACAGUACAUAACACGAGGUACCACUGUACUGCAAAAAUGAAAGAGAUUCCAGCAUCCUUUAUGCUAGGAUUCCCUCUUAACAGCUUAACAGCUUGACAGAUAAAGCAAAGAGCAUUAGGGACAAAGGAUAGCCCUGUCAUUCUCUCCUUUGCAUGGGAAAUAUCACUGGGCUGAAAUACUAGCUAGUUAAAUGGGUUACACAACCUUCUCCAACCCGGGGAUAAUUUUGGACUUACUGAGACUGAAGGGAGAUAUAGUUCAAAACAGGUAUAGAGCCCCCCAAGCUGGGGGAGUCUGGGUUACAUGAUUAUGUUUCCAGUCAGUCUGUAGGCUCAAUUACCCAAUUUUAAAAGUUUUGACCUUUAAAACAUAUCUCAUUGUGGGGCCAAGAUACUUGAAGGACUGCCUGUGUCCCAUGUGGUGUAGUGGGUGGGGAACAGAGGAUUGGCACCUCAAUUAUUGGUAUGUUCACAUUCUCCACCUAGCACAGAUUCCAUUGUCAUUUUGGUACCAGGUAAAACAUUUGCUUUCCUAUUUUUUCAGACAUAGUUUUAAAUCUGCUAGUCCCUCUCCUUUCCUUUUAUAUUUUUAAAAAUAUUCUGCUUUCCCCCCUUGUUUUUAUGAUUAUUUAAAUCUUGGAGGAAGCCACAGUUCGUGAUCCCCAACGGCUUGGAUGCAUGGCUUGUAUGCACAAGGAACUGCAUGUUUCCUAUUGUGGGCCCAAUUUUGUGGAACUUCCUUCCCGUUGAGGUCAGACAAGCUCCCUCCCUACUGAACUUCCAAUGACUUAAAAAAAUAAAAUCUAGCAGGCAUUUUAAUAUAAGUCUGAACUUAUGGUUUUAUGUGUUGUGUGUUUGCAUACCACCUAGAGACCAUUGUAGGUAAGUAGUAUAUAAACUGUUUAAAUAAAAAUAAAUAAAUUUGCAUUUUAAUUGUAUUUGCAUUCCCCUCCCCCCGAAAACGUACCAUGGCAACUCUUACUGAAGUGUAGUGCAAAAAUAUUUAUAAUAAAUGCAAAUUUUGGUCAAAAGUAUUUUCUAGCUCAGUCCUAAGAGCUUACAGACAUGGCUAAAGUACGAAGUUCAGAUGUUUGUAAGAAUUACAAUGCUAUUACUGAAGUUAGUUUCAUUGGGAGAUUUCUUAUCUUGGUUCACCUUCAUCCUUACUAUCUAGUUGUUUUCCUUUCCAGACUAA